AUGUCUUCAAGAAUUCCAUUAUCGCCAAGGAAAGAAAGUCUUCUUAAUUCGAGAACACCUUCUCCAACCAAGUCUAACUCUCCUUCGGGCAAGAACAGCCCCACUAAAACCAACCCUUCCACGGCCCUGCUGGUCAGGUUGCCUAAGAUUGGCGUUGACUUGACUCCCAGAAAAGCUUCCACUUUGGGAUUCACCAUAUACGAAGAUUCACCCGAGGAGGCCAUGAGAUAUAAGGUGCAAACGCCUGAAGUUGCAAACGCCUCUGAUGAUAAGGAGAACAUCUUGCAGCCCAAGAAGAUGGAACCAAAACAGGCCCUCCGCCCAAGAAAGCCAUUGGGAAACUUGAACGUAGACGACUUUCCAGGCUAUGUCUCUGCCGUGGGCUCCAUCAGAAGAGCUCCUAUGAGGCUCCGUGAGUUGUACCACUCGAAAACAUACAACAACGAGUCGAAGAGCUUGCACAAGUACAACCGCUUGCCAAGCUAUAUCACGCCACCUAGAAACUCGUUACAGAAGAUUUUGUACUGCGGAGGCAACGAUGAAGAUGACAUCGAGCGCAGACUCACGCUCAAACUGAGAGAAUUGGCUCGUCGGAAACGCCUGAUGUCUGUCGGCUUCAACAAGGGCAAACAGCAUCUUGUCACGAAGAACCUGUUCAAGAUUUCAACGUGA